GGAGCAGGGAGUGUUGAACGGACGAACAUUGUGAGAUUCUGGGGGAGAAGUGUUGUAUUUGUUUAACAAAGAAUUGUCCUGUUAGCCAUUUAUACGCGGAUCAAGACAAAGUUUUGGGUUUACUCGACGAUACGAAGAUGAUGUCCGACGCCAGUGACAUGUUGGCCGCUGCCUUGGAGCAGAUGGAUGGUAUUAUAGCGGGUUCCAAGGCACUAGACUACUCUAAUGGUAUCUUUGACUGCCAGUCCCCCACCUCACCCUUUAUGGGCAGCCUACGAGCCCUGCACCUGUUGGAGGACCUGCGAGGGGUUAUUGAACUCAUGGACACAGAGGAGAGAGAAAGCCUGCGUUGCCAGAUCCCCGACUCCACCGCAGACAGUCUGGUAGAAUGGUUACAGGGGCACCUGUCUAAUGGACACAUUUCCAUGAGCGGUGAUGUAUACCAGGACAGACUUAAUCGUCUAGAAAGUGACAAGGAGUCACUCGUGCUUCAGGUGAGUGUGUUGACAGACCAGGUGGAAGCUCAAGGAGAAAAGAUAAGGGACCUAGACUUGUGCCUUGAUGAACACAGGGAGAAACUGAACGCCACAGAGGAAAUGCUACAGCAGGAACUUCUAUGCAGAACAGCUUUGGAGACUCAGAAACUAGAGCUUAUGGGUGAGAUCUCCAACCUGAAGUUGAAGCUGACAGCUAUGGAGAAGGAGAGAUUAGAUUUUGAUGAAAGGUUCAGGGAUGGUGAGGGUUUGAUUAUGGAGAUAAAUGACCUCAGGUAUAGGGUAGCAGAGAUGGAGAAUGAACGUUUGCAGUAUGAGAAGAAGCUGAAGUCCACAAAGUCGCUAAUGGCUAAGCUCUCUAGCCUGAAAAUCAAAAUGGGCCAGAUGCAGUAUGAGAAACAGAGGAAAGAACACAAAAUCCAAGCACUCAAGGAGGAACUGGUGACGUUGAGAAGACAGUUGGAGGGUAGAGAUGGAGAGAUUAAGAGACUGCAGGACGAGACUGGAUGCAGAGCUCCAACUCCUGCUGGUUCAGACAGCACAGAAAGAGUUUUCCAUACAGAGGAAACUUAUAAAAAGAGGCUGAAAGAGAAACAUAUGGAGGUGCAAAGAAUGAAGAAAGCGGUGGAGUCCCUCAUGGCAGCCAAUGAGGAGAAGGACCGUAAGAUAGAAGAACUGAAGCAGUCACUGAUGCGUUACAAGAAAGUUCAAGAUAUGGUGAUGUCAGUGCAGGGGAAAAAAGACAAAUCGAAAGAUGGAGAGAGUGACGAGAGUCACAGUGACAGCUCCCUCUCUGUGUCAACUGCUAUCUCGGUUUCCAUGGAGACGGAGAAGUCUGCCCCGGCCAGCGCUGAGGCAGUAGCCAAAGGGAUUUUCGAGGAGACUACAGCAUCUGUCAGUACACCCCAAGAGCCCUCCCUCACAACCUCCAUCGCAACCAAGGCAGAGACUGACAUAGACCAGGACCAAUCACAGCCUCAGAGUGAUGUAGGGUCACAGGAGCCAUCCCAAACACAGGAGAACCCUAUAAGUAGCAGUCCCGAAACUCCAGACAUCUCCACGUCGGGCAGCCAGAGCAACCUGCAGGGCAGCACUAGUGAAAAGAGACCCUUAUCGCUGGAGCAGAGACCAGCAGAAAGCAAGGCCUUUGACGAGAUCAAUAAAAUCACGACUUUGCCACCAAAAUCGCCCACCGCACCUCGAGUUGCAGAGGACGACAGCUUUGGCACGAAGAAAGCCAGAUCGUCUUUCGGGCGAGGCUUCUUUAAGAUUAAAGGGGGCAAGAGGACGGCCAGCGCCCCAAAUCUGGCCGAGACAGAGCGCGAUGGCACAGAGCAUCUGGACCUGGCCGGAAUACCACAGAGGUCACCGAACAGUGACAGCACCCACACUCUCCCCACCUCCCCAGACGGAAAGAAGAAGUCUAAAGGAAUCAAAGCGCUUUUUGGGAGGCUCAGGAGGAGUCAGUCAACCUCAUUCAACCUGGACGACAACCUAUCAGAGGGAGAGUUCAAGCGGGGUGGAGUAAGAGCUACAGCUGGGCCAAGGCUGGGCUGGUCACGUGACCUCCAGAACACGAACAGUGACCUGGAUGCUCCAUUUGCACGCUGGUCCAGGGAACAGGUCUGUGACUGGCUGCAGGACCAGGGCCUGGGGCUGUAUCUGGGCCAGGCCCGGCAGUGGAUCUCUUCCGGUCAGACUCUCCUACAGGCCUCCCAGCAGGAUCUGGAAAGGGAGCUGGGGAUCAAACACCCACUCCACAGAAAGAAGCUGCAGCUUGCCUUACAAGCCCAGGGCUCGGAGGAGGAUGACAACAAAGGGAAACUGGACUAUAACUGGGUGACAAGAUGGCUUGAUGACAUCGGCCUGCCACAGUAUAAGACUCAGUUUGAUGAGGGCAGAGUUGAUGGGAGAAUGCUGCAUUACAUGACUGUGGAUGACCUGCUGUCUCUGAAAGUGGGCAGUGUGCUUCAUCACCUGAGCAUUAAGAGGGCCAUCCAGGUGCUCCGGCUCAACAACUACGAGCCCAACUGUCUCCGCCGCAGGCCCUCAGACGAGAAUAACAUUACUCCAGCUGAGAUCUCCCAGUGGACCAACCACAGGGUGAUGGAGUGGCUGAGAUCAGUGGACCUGGCUGAAUACGCACCCAACCUGAGGGGCAGCGGAGUGCACGGCGGACUGAUGGUUUUGGAGCCUCGCUUUAACGUGGAGACCAUGGCUCUUCUGCUGAAUAUUCCUCCCAAUAAGACGCUGCUUCGCAGACACCUGGCCACCCACUUCAACCUGCUGGUGGGACCAGAAGCUCAGCAGCUGAAACAGGAGUGUCUGGAGAACCCUGACUACACCCUGCUGACAGCCACCGCCAAGGUUAAGCCGAGGAAGCUGACGUUCGGAACGUUUGGGAGGCGGAAGAGACAGGAAGAUAACGAGGAGUACGUCUGCCCCAUGGACCUGGAGAUGCCUAAAGGUCGCGGUUUUCCGAAGAGCUUCAGAGGCAUGGAACUGCACAUCUAUGACGAUGACUUGGACAGACUAGAGCAGAUGGAAGAUUCAGAGGGAACCGUGAGACAGAUUGGCGCUUUCUCAGAGGGAAUCAACAACUUGACGAGCAUGCUGAAAGACGACGAGCUAUUUAAAGAGAUUUCCACGUCGUCCCCCAACGCCAGCGUGACCGAUGAGGACUCCAACGUGUGAAGGCUGUCCCAGGCACCCAGCCCCCACCCCCUCUACUGCUGCUGUGAUCGGAACUGACUGUGCCAACCCUGUGCCAACUUGCACACCUUUCCCUCUAGCAAAACCAAGCCCAUUCAUCGAUAUGCCACUAUAUUCAGUAACCACCCUAGUCAGAAUCGGUUCAUAUCGGUAUUAUCUUCACAGGAGACCUCACUGUAUUAACGAACCGCACCAGGCGUACUCCCUUUCCACAUUUAUUUCUCACUCAGAGAAUCUAGCGAUGACUCCAGUUGUAGAGUUGAGGGGUUUUAAUAUCAGUAGUUUGUCCUGCAUCCCAUUUCAGUUGUUUGGAUGCGGUGAAGUUAAAAAAAAAAACAUUUAAAAAAAAAAUGUAUGUAGUGAAAUCUGAAGAAACUGAAUAGCGGUCCUACUGUAAGUGUGCUUGCCAGCUGGUCACUGGUGACGUAUAAAUGCUUUAUUUUGAAUCGGCCUUAUUAUUCAAUGAUCCCUUUAAAGUCAUUUUUAUCCCUGUAACAACAGAACAGCACAAUGACACUUUUCAUCGGAUGCAAGCGUAGAUUUAUCGAAGAUAAUUAGUUCUCGUAGUUUAGUAGUGUUAAACACCACAGGUUGUGGUAUGGAGUAAAUGAUCAAAACGCUUGUGGAAAUAUAGGUGCUUGUAAAGAUUGCUGUUGGAAUGCCAAAAGUUGUAUGUUUGUGAGCGUUUAAGUUUAAACGGUCACGGUUCUAACCCUUAUCAGACAGCAGACAUUGGGUUUCAUUGGUUUCUCAUGGUAACACAUUUGAAUCCCCCCCCCCCCAUAGAGCCUUGACACUGCACAUUGUAUGCACACCCUCGCAUGCAUUUGCACGCAAACUCAUAUUUAACACAGUGAUAUUAUGACAUGAUACAUUCAUUGCCUUUGUGUACAGAAGUGUUGUUGCAUGAUAUUUAAACUUUUUUUUUUUUUUUUCCGAGAAAUAUCAUGCCCCCAUUAACAGAAAUCUCAUUGUACGUGAUUUAAUCGUCACACUUAAAACCAAGCAAUAAGCAACGUUAUUUGUGAACUGUCGUUACUGUCAUACUUUUUUUUUGACACGUUUCUCAGAUUAAAAAAAAAACAACAAUAUUUUAACAUUUCAACCUUUCCAAGUGCUGGUAUUCUGCAAGCCCUAUGUGUAGCAGAGACAAAUGUUUGUACCGUGUACUGUCCUCUUUUAUCCAUUUUUAAAAAGUCAAUAAAGUCAUAU